AUGAUGUGCGCGAUGAGUGCUGCUCUGGUUCUGGCCGGCGUGUCGCUGGCUCCAGCGCUGGCCAGUCCGUGCGGAGUGACGUUGGAAGUUGCUGCAAACAUCAUGGCGCUCGAGGCAGCAUUGCUUGAGGCCACAGUGAUAUUCUUUGACUUGGAUGAAACUCUUGUGAUGCCGAGAACGACCUUCAUAUAUGGGUUGCCGCGCACAGACAUGUUUUUGAAACAAAUGAAUCCAUGUUUUUCGAAGGCUUUUGAAGAACUUGAUCUCGGAAGGAAGAUGGAGGAGGAAUACUACCAUGCGCCACUAGCGCUUGUGCACUCCAAGUUGCCAUCGACGAUCAAGGCACUUCAUUCCCGAGGAGCAUCUGUUUAUGGCUUGACAUCAAGAUCCGCCGAGGACCGCAACUAUUCCUGGCACAACCAAAUCGUUUUGGAUUUUCUGUUUCAGAAUGGCAUCGUGUUCUCCAAGUCUCUGACUUCAGACACUGGGGUCUUCUUCGCUGGCGAUGAGAAGAUACAGCACGGCCACAAUAAGGUCAUGAAGAGAAGCGGUAAAGCAAAAAUCAUCGACAAAGUGAUGAGAAACCGCACUUACAUGGAAGGUGCCUGCAUGAAGUCUUUCUUGGUUGACAACACCAUGGCCAAAAUCGAAGCCGCCAUGGAGCAGUCCGAGACAACAGUCUCAGGCGUCUUUUACACAGAGGCCUGGCUGAAACAGAGCUCUCUUGAAGACAUGCGUGCCUGGUUCUGCAAGGUCGUCAGUUGCGACGAGUGUACCAACGAUUCGCGAGCUGCCGAGAUGUAG